AUGAGAACACAAAACCACGAUUUACAGCACAUUUGGAUCAUCACAGGCCCUGCAGGCUGUGGGAAAACGACAGUCGCCAAAAGCUUGAGUAAGAAGCUGCAAGUGGAAUAUAUUGAAGGUGACGACGUCAGUAACUACAACCUCUUCUUCCCUAGUCUCACCACCUCAAGGAUGUCGCUUCACAGCAUAUGCCUGAAGUACCACCCAGAAAGCAACAAGCAGAAGAUGAGAAAUAACAUCCCGCUGGACGAUGGGGACCGGUGGGACUGGCUAAUCGCACUGCGCGACGCCGCUAUAGAGUCGCUUCAACGACGCUCAGCCGUCGUGGUGACAUGUUCCGCGUUAAAGAGGAAGUAUCGUGACGUCAUGCGGGUCGCAGCCUACAACCACCCCACGGUCCAAAUCCACUUUAUCUACCUCGACGCCGAAGAGGACGUGCUUGUCCGGCGAGUUACGGCGCGGAAGGGUCAUUACAUGCCGCCUACGAUGGUCCAUUCACAGUUCCAAGCUCUGGAAAAACCAGUGUCGGGCUCCGAGGGGGAUGCGAUAACCGUGUCGUGCGACGCCAAGCCGAAUGUGGUGCAGGAUCGUGUGAAUCGCGAGGUAGAUCGAAUUAUGGAGCAAUAUAAGUAA